AUGAUGAGGAAUAUUGGUCUCAAGCUCAUUGCCUCUGUUUGCUCUCUCACACUCCUCGCCUUGUCCACGACUGUCAACGCGAGGAGGCCAGACAAGAAGCGGCAAUGCGGGACCAUGGAUAUGCGUAGCUCGCUAACGAAGCAUUGCUUUCCUGAGGACGGGCUGUCGCACUCCGUCUGUUGUGUGGACAUCAGGUUGCCGGGCAGCCAGCGGUACUUCACGCACCUGGAGCAUGACAUCUACCUCUCCUCCAAGUCGUCUUCUUACAGCUGGUGCACCUGCUCUGUUGACAUCUGUCAUGAGCUUGCUGGGCGAGUGGCUUGGAUCUACCAGCCUUCAGAAGCAGGGCGAGCGAGCGAAGGGGGCAGGCAGUCCAAGUACGUCAAGUACAGCAUGAAAGCCGUGAAGGAGCAGAGGCGAGACGUCAGCCGAAACUCCUUCGAAGCUCUGCAGGACCAGGCAGACUCCUGCGCGCCGGUGGAGGGGGGGGGCACCUCCAAUAGCAGCAGCUGGAUAGAGUUCAUGACUGACAGCCCCGCUGUAGGAGGGACAGCGAGAGAAGACAAGGAGACGCGAGGCGAAGGAAAGAGAGGAAUCAUGCAACAACUGAAGAAGAUCAAGAAGACCCAGAAGAGAAGAAAGGCAAAGAAGAAACGAAAGAAACGCUAG